AUGGUUAACUUUGUUGAUUAUUUAUUCCUACUUCUCAUUUGGCUAGCUUCAAUCUUCUUGUUACGUGUAAUAAUUCUCACCAAAUCUCGCACCAAUGCACGCUUUCCACCAAGUCCUAGAGCCCUCCCUGUAUUGGGACACCUCUACCUCCUCACCAAGCUCCCUCACCAAGCAUUUCACAAGAUCUCAUCUCGUUAUGGCCCUUUGGUCUACCUCUUGUUCGGUUCCAAACCUUGUGUUCUUGUUUCGUCACCUGAAAUGGCAAGACAAUGCCUCAAAACCCAUGAAACGUGUUUCCUAAGCCGACCCAAAAGGACCAACCUGGACUACAUCACAUAUGGCUCUUCAGAUUUUGCGUCGGCAUCCUAUGGACCUUAUUGGAGGUUCAUCAAAAAGCUUUGCAUGACUGAACUCCUAGGAAGCCGCAUGGUUCACCAACACCUUCCUAUUAGAGUAGAGGAAAGAAGGCUAUUUUUGGAGGGUAUGCUGGAAAAGGCAAAUUUGAAAGAGGAGGUGAAAAUAGGCAAGGAGCUAGCCAUGCUUGCCAAUAACAUAAUCACAAGGAUGGCUUUGAGAAGAAGGUGUUGUGAUGUUGAAGGGGAAGGGCACCAAUUGAUUGAGUUGGUGAAAGAAAUGACUGAGUUAGCAGGGAAGUUUAACUUGGGUGACAUGUUGUGGUUUGUUAAGAAGUUGGAUUUGCAAGGGUUUGGUAAAAGGCUUGAGAGUGUCAGAAGUAGGUAUGAUGCUAUAAUGGAGAGGAUCAUGAAGGACCAUGAAGAUGCAAGAAGGAAGAAGAAGGAAAUGGGCCGUGAUGGAGAUGAAGAAGUGAAGGAUUUGCUUGAUAUUCUACUUGACAUCUAUGAUGAUGAAAAUUCAGAGAUUAGAUUAACCAGAGAAAAUAUCAAGGCCUUUAUUAUGAACAUAUUUGGUGCUGGAACUGAGACAUCAUCCACUACAAUAGAAUGGGCUUUGGCUGAGCUAAUCAACCAUCCAGAUAAGAUGGCAAAAGCAUGGCAGGAGAUUGAUUCAGUGGUUGGUAAGAAUAGAUUGGUAGAGGAAUCAGAUAUUCCCAACCUUCCCUAUGUUCAGUCUAUAGUAAAGGAAACAAUGAGGCUUCACCCCACUGGGCCCUUAUUGGUGAGACAAUCUACUGAAGAUUGUAAUGUUGAUGGGUAUCACAUUCCAGCAAGGACCACUGUAUUUGUAAAUGUUUGGGCCCUUGGUAGGGACACAAACUACUGGGAAAAUCCACUUGAGUUUAAGCCAGAGAGGUUCCUUAAUGAAGAGGGACAGAGCCCAUUGGAUCUGAAAGGACAACAUUUUGAACUAUUGUCAUUUGGUGCUGGAAGAAGAAGUUGCCCUGGUGCCUCACUAGCUUUGCAAAUUAUUCCUACAACUCUGGCAGCAAUGAUUCAGUGUUUUGAAUGGAAAGUUGGAGAAGAAGGGAAUGGAACUGUUGACAUGGAAGAGGGACCUGGACUGGCCCUUCCAAGGGCACAUCCCCUAAUACGUGUCCCUGUGGCUAGGCUCCAUCAUUUUCCUCUUGUCUAA